CUUUCAGUCUCACCCACCAAAUCUAGAGAGAGAGAGAGAGAGAGAGAGAGAGAGAGAGAGAUUGAUUGGCAAUGGAUCUGAUGAAGCCAAGCCCUGCAAACUCUUCUCCUCUAACACCACUAGGGUUCCUUGAACGAGCAGCCACCGUCUACGGCGACAGCACCUCCAUCAUUUACGACACCACCACCACCACCUACACAUGGUCCCAAACCUACCGCCGCUGCUUACAACUUGCCUCCUCCCUCUCUUCUCUUGGCAUCCAAAGAAAACAAGUCAUCUCUGUCUUCUCUCCAAAUGUCCCCGCCAUGUAUGAGCUCCAUUUCGCCGUCCCCAUGUCUGGUGCCAUCCUCAACACCAUCAACACCCGUCUCGACGCUCACGCCAUCUCCAUCCUUCUCCGUCACAGCGAAUCAAAACUCAUCUUCGUUGACUCACCAUCUCGUUCCCUCAUCAUGGAAGCCAUUUCCUUAUUCCCACCUAACACCUCACCACCUUCACUCUACUUCAUCAACGACGACGAGGAUACCUCAUCACCCGCCGGUGACACUUAUGAGAGCCUGAUCCUGAAAGGUGACCCGGGCUUUAAGUGGAUCCGACCCGAGAGUGAGUGGGACCCGAUGGUUCUGAAUUACACCUCCGGCACCACUUCUGCUCCUAAAGGAGUGGUUCAUAGUCACCGAGGGUUGUUCAUCAUGGCCCUUGAUACCUUGAUCGACUGGUCUGUACCGAAACGACCCGUCUACCUGUGGACCCUACCCAUGUUCCAUGGGAACGGUUGGAGCUUCACUUGGGCAUUGGCUGCGGUUGGUGCAACCAACGUCUGCCUACGGAAAUUCGAUGCCGCGACGAUCUACGGUGCAAUUCGCCGCCACCGCAUCACCCACAUGUGCUGUGCACCGGUUGUUCUCAAUAUGCUAGCAAAUGAACCGAACAAUGAACCGCUUCCAAACCGGGUCCAGAUUAAUACAGGCGGGUCACCCCCACCGGCAGCUAUUCUAUCCAGGAUGGAAUCGUUGGGUUUCGUAAUUACUCACGGGUUCGGGAUGACUGAGACGGCCGGGUCGGUGAUCACAUGCGCGUGGAAACCCGCGUGGGAUAAGCUUUCGUUACUAGACCGGGCGAGGUUGAAGGCAAGACAAGGGGUGAGGACCGCCGGGAUGGCAGAUGUGGAUAUAAUUGAUACUGAGUCCGGGUUGAGUGUGAAUCGUGAUGGGUCAUCAAUCGGUGAAAUCGUUCUCCGAGGUGGGAGUAUCACACUGGGUUACUUCAAAAACCCGGGUGCAACAACCGAGUCAAUGAAAGGGGGUUGGUUCCAUACGGGUGACAUGGGUGUGAUACACCCAGAUGGGUACCUCCAGAUCAAGGACCGAUUGAAGGAUGUAAUAAUAAGUGGUGGGGAGAAUGUGAGCAGUGUGGAGGUUGAAUCGGUAUUAUACUCGAACCCGGCGGUUCAUGAAGCGGCCGUGGUGGCUCGACCGCAUGAGUUCUGGGGUGAGACCCCUUGUGCUUUUGUGAGCUUGAAGCCAUUGGAAUUGAAUAAGCCAUCAGAGAAGGACAUUAUGGAGUUCUGUAGAGCAAGGUUGCCACACUACAUGGUACCAAAAACUGUUGUAUUCAUAGAUGAGCUCCCAAAGACAUCUACUGGGAAGAUUCAGAAAUUUGUGCUUAGAGAUAUGGCCAAGGCUUUGGGUUCUUCUCCAGUUAGUAGAAUAUAGGGCUAUAUUAAGUUUGGAUUGUGGCUUUGUUGGUUGAUGAUUGAACUAAUUAAUGAUGUUGUAAUAUGUAAUGAAUGAUAAAGAGUGUAACUUUGAAACACACUUAAGAUCAUUAAUCUCACUCAAAAUUUGUUUUUGCUAA